AUGGCUUCCGCAGUAUCCGUACAUCGAGAGAGGCAAACGAUGGAUCAGCUAGAUGACAAUGGAUCUUGGGAAAAUGUGGCGAGCCAUACGGGAACAGCCUUGGCUGCCCUCAGCGUUGAAGAUACGACGGGGUCUCGCGGCGAUGCACCGCUCUACGCUUCACCACCUGUUCAUUGGCAGCCCUUUGACAGCUCAAACAGCCACCGUGUUGAGCAUCACGUGCUGCCGCUGAAGAGCGAUCCCCUAGGAGGCACCGUCCGUGGAACAUUCGUGAGCCUGGAAGCGGCGGAGGUUCAUGCUCUGAUGGAAACUGGCAUCAACAGGGUCGAUGCCGAGAAGCUGCUGCUGUACUGCAAUGGCGACGUUCACAGCGCACGUGACCUGGCAGUGAAGGCCCGUAGCCUCAUCGGUGUGCUGCUUAGCAACGGGCCAAACAAAGCAGCUGGAGCGACAGAAGAGGCUGAUGACGUAGUGGCCAAGCCCGCAGCUGCCGAGUCCCUGGCGCUGGAAAUGGAGCGGGUGCUGGGGCGGUUUGAGGCAAGACCCGAUAUACCUCAGGCUGUCGUGUGUAUACGUAUACUCGUGAUGAGCUCCUGCAGGCGGGCACAGAUUCCGGCAUCACGGGAGCGGUACCUCUGGUGUGCCGUCUCGACUAAGGAUGUGUGCGCUGUUGUAAUGAGGGGAUUUAAUGCGGCCGGGCUCGGAAGGGAGCCGCUCUUCAUGGCCAACGCGGCCUUGGCACUCGACAAAGCAGGAGAGGUGGAACGAGAGCUGGCGCGCUUCAUGCCAACGUCCGCGGCUGAGCAGCCGGCAUUGGAAGCGGGACCUGCCAUGCUGCCGGAACCGAUGAACCUGGCCACAUCGCAGGGAAGCUCCCUUUGGAGGCGGAUUGUUUGGCAACCAAAGUCCUUGUGGCCAUUUCGCUCAGCCGAUUACCCUGGUAAGGGCGGCGUGUUGUUGCUGUGCCGGGUGGUAUUGGGUCGCAUGGAGCUGGGCCGCAGUGACAGCGGCGAGCUGACCCCGGGCGCAGACAGCGUCAUGGAUAUGAAGACGGUCGCCGCCUCGGUGAUGCAGCGCAACGCCGCGGCGUCUGCUGCUGGAGCGGGAGGGUGGACGCUACCGAGCACACUUCAGUCCGCGGAAGACCCUGCCUGGGAAGCUAACGGUAUGUAUGCCAACGACCUGGCAGUUGAGCUGCGGCACGCUGGAGCUCAGGCAUAUCCCGAGUACAUUGUGCACUUUGACUAA